UUGGAAAUACAUACAGACAUACAAACAUAGGUUACUGACCUAGCUUGGGAACCCAGCUUUUUCUGGACACUAAGCUUUCUUUAUAAGAGUCAACCUAUUCUACUGAGACCUUUUAAAACAAACAAAGAACAUUCCUGUGGUUCUACCGAGAUCCCCAAUAAACUUGAGGAAAAUCGGUUCAUACAUACAAACAGACAGACAAACAGAGAUUACUACUUUAUAUCUGGAUAUUGUAGGGAUUGGUUGUGGUUAAACAACAGCAUAGAAGUAGUGCUGAGAGUCUGGAUGUCGGGUACGGGAAGUGUCCCGAGUUUGUCUGCGUGGACGGGUUGAUCGUGAGCCGGGACUCCGGGGACUCCGGGGAGUGGGGGGAGGAGAUGGAGGUGAGGGAGGUGAAGGGGGAGAAUGUGCAGGAGAAGAGAAGGAGAGAUAUCAAUACAGAUACAGAGCAUAGUUUUUCAGGGACAAUGUCGACAUUGAGGUCCAGACCAAGCUUUAGAUUAGACCCAGAGUAUGAAAGAAUUCCGGAAAUUCCUCCUCAGCAGUCCGGAAGUCCUAUCUCUAUGAUAAUUAAAAGAAAAGAAAGUUUGUUAAGCUCCAGUAUAAACCUACUUGAAGAGAAGAUGAAACCCCAGGGCGAUGAGUACAUGAAUUAUGUAAGUGACUCUAGCGUAGUGUCAGCUGAACCCUCCUUAUACACAGACUCUGUACAUGCAAGCCUGUACAACGGUAGUAACGUCUCCAUGUACAUGAAACCAGAAACCAAAGAAAAUUUAGUCACUGAGUUUAGAAAACAAGGUUUGCUAGUUCUUGACAGUAAUGAAACAAGAUUGUGAUUGAAAAACAAAAUUAAAUGUAAAAAAACAAUUUGAAAAAUAAAAUAUUUAUUGUCGGUUUAA